GAGCGAGACGACUCAUUCCUGUAAUGGCUGCCGUCUCUGGCGUUGUCAGUGAGUGUGCGGAUGCCCGUCGCGAGUAGCUGUGCGUUGCGUCGGGAAGCUGCGUCCGUCGGUGGGUCGCGAGCCCACGAGAUCUCGCGCGCGUAUUGCGAGAGAGCGGAUCGCGGCGGUGAGAGGCUCACACGUUUCGGCGCGGCGCGAUUUCGCGCGUGACUCUUUCCUCCCCGCACCGGCGGCGAUUUAAAAACGAGCGACACCGCAUACCUCGAGUAUACACCCUCGGUGUGUUGUGCUUUUCCCCUCCACCCUCCCCCGCCUCACGUCUCUUUCUCUCUCUCUUCCUCCGUCUGUUUACCCGGGGCGCGUGACCCGUGUCGAGAGUGUCAGCGACCCGUCCGAAAAUCCGCGACGGCGCGCUUCCGGCCCUCCUCCCCUUCGCCUCCUCCAUCCCCCGUCCCGCGUCUACUACCUGAUCGUCCGUCCGUUCGCGAGACGCGUCGAUGAACGCAACGGCGCGUCGGGCGGGCUCUCCUUCUUCCUCUCUCCUUCGCUCUUUCGCUCGCCUCUCGCCGUCGAGUGAUGGUAAACACGUCGAGUGACAGCGUGCGCGAGUGAGAGGAAAACGUUUCGACUCGUCCGGCAGUCCGAAGGAAGGCGAGAGAAUCGUGAGUCUGCGAGGGGAAGGAGCGUCGUCCGGUAGGGCCGCGCAGCCAGGCGGGCCCCCGAAUUCUUCCUCACGUGGUUCAAGGCCGUCUAAAAGCGUCCUCGCGGGCGUCGCGAGUGCGUGUGUACGCGCGUGCGACGCGAGACGACGGCCGCGAGAGCUGUCAGCGUCGCCGAGAGACUUUCCAUCCCGGAAUAUCGAAGAGAGAGAUACCGGGCGCGCGCGCGGGGGAGACUCUCGUCGGGCAGUCCCCUCGAGCGACGACGACGACGUCUGCCAAAACCCGAUGCACCAAAGAUCUGAGUCAGCCCACGAGGAGUCGUCCGCUGGCGACGAGGGGAGAACCGUGCCAAGUUCCGGUGGUACCGCGCUCUUCCUACGCUUCGUUUCGAAUCUGUGACGUUAUCCUGAGCCGCCCUACGGGGAUAACGUUCCGUCUAUGACCUACCGACUGUGAUUUUCGACGCGUGACGCCACUGCCAAAAAGGAAACAAACCAGCGUCGAUCGCGAACCUGCGUCUUCGUCUCCGCUUCCUUUGCCUUCCCAUCUGUUCGUCGAAGACGAAUGUCUUCCACGUCUGUACCAGAAACAUAUAUGACACGAUUUUUGCCGUUGUCUUGCUCCGAGAUACCUAUGUCUUCCUACGAAUUCCAAUACCCUUGACCGGCGAAGCAGAAGAAUCCUCGACUUCCUUGAAUUUCUCUUGAAGCACGAAAUACGAAGAAAGAAAGGAGACAACUACGAUAUCGAGUGCUCCGAGAAUGUUCCUUGACCAAGUCGCGAACGCGAUUCGUUGACAUUCACGUUAAUCCGAAUCGCAUUCGAAGGCAAAGCUGCACAUUGCAAAAAAAAAACGAAGGUGCCUUGUUAUCGCUGUCAUCGCCUGAACGCAUUCGAAAGCUUCGUGGGAUCGUUACCGCGUUCAUUCGUAGUUGAAGCAGCUUACAAAGACUUCGCUUGUCGCGGGGAUACGGCAGAACGACGCCGUGACGACUGUCGAGAGGCGCGUCAUCGAGCCGGCCGCUUGUGAUGCGGCGCACGCAGGGCCGCUGCUACCGUCGUCGUCUCGCGUCGUCAGCUUGCGCGACCGCCUCGUCGCAAUAACGGCGAAGAUGUUCGGGAAAGUGCCGCCGCCGUCGAACACGCCGGGUCCGCCUAAUAAUAACGGCGGCCAGGCGUCAGCCAAGUCGUCGUGCAUCAGGCCGGCGACGACGGGCACGGCAUCCUGUCUGCCGUGCUUCUCGGUGGAGGAGACGCCGACAGUGAGCGCCGACGACAAGGUGAGACCUUGGCGACCGAUGAAGGACAACGAUUCCGACGAUUCGCCCACCGUGGUCUCCGAGGCUCCCAGCAACUCCCUGCAGCCGCCCGCCAGUUUGACGGACGCCACUUUCGUCGCGAUCGAGCCGCCUAGGCCCUGCAGGACUGACGAAACGACGACGACCUGCGCAUCCGCUUGUACCAAGACCCCGGCCAAGUGUUCACCCAAGGAAGGCUCGUCGCAAGUUGGCAGGAGUCACGCCAACGCGAUGCAGAAGUGUCCCGGUCAGAACUGCUCGAAUUAUUCCAAGACCGGCGUCGGUAGAUCGCGACGACCGCAGUCUACGUCGACCGGGAGAAAUUUUAACGUCGAGUCGUGUACGAGAGAUUAUGCGAAAACCGCGAAGAAGAUUGUUGCCGUUAAUCGAGAGCCUCCGAGCGGCAAGGAGCCGUAUCAGACGUGUAACGAGCAGCAGUCCAAGUGCUUGCAGGGAUACGCCCCCGCGGCUACGGUCGCUGCCAAAUUGUCUUCCGCGAGAUCUUCCGAAACGAUUCACCACACGUCGCUGCCGGGCGGGAAAAGGUCCAGUAACGAGGACCUUCUGACGGACACGUGCGCGAAUUACUUCGCGAUGUCGAAUGGCGCGAUGUCCAAUGUGCCGGUCGUGAGCGAGCAGUCGUUGCACGCGCAUCAGAAGCCGGCGGUUCCGAAGAUGAUCGACGUCAAAGACGGCGCCGGCGAUUCCGCGACCGCCGUCGCGUCCUGCGAGGAUAACACCUGCGACAGCGACUUCACCACUUCGACGCUAUCCAGAGACUGGACGUUGAGGAGGGUCAGCAACGAGGUGCAGCAGAGCUGCGUGUCCUGCCUGCCGCAGAAUCUUCCCACGGAACUGCAGUCGUCCACCUCGCCGAGAAACUACAAGGAUCUCAAGGAGAAGUGUCGCGAUUCUCUUUGGCGGCCUACGGAGAUGGCGGAAAGUGGUGCGGUGCACGGAUUGACGGUGUGCUCGGGUGAGACGUUUCAGGACUCGAGUUCGAAGAGGCGCACCGGGGCGUCCUGUCAGGCGCUCAGACACGCCGUCGCCUCGCUGAACCGUCUGGACGAUUUCUACAUGGAGAAGAUCGGCGCGGGCUUCUUCUCGGAGGUUUACAAGGUUACCCACAAAGUGACGAGUCAGGUGAUGGUGCUCAAGAUGAAUCAGCUGGCGGCGAACAGGCCGAAUAUGCUGAAGGAAGUCCAACUCAUGAACAAGCUCAGCCAUCCGAAUAUACUCAGGUUCAUGGGAGUGUGCGUGCACGAGGGUCAGCUUCAUGCGUUAACGGAGUACAUUAACGGCGGCAGCCUGGAGCAGCUGAUCAUGUCGCGACACACGUCGUUGCCGCAUCUCGUCCGGAUGAAUCUGGCGAGGGACGUAGCCCGCGGUAUGGCCUAUCUACACAGCCGCGGCAUCUUCCAUCGCGAUCUCACGUCGAAGAACGUGCUAAUCAAGAAGGACGAGUGCAACAACGAGAUGACAGCGGUGGUGGGCGAUUUCGGUCUGGCCGCGAAGAUACCCGAUCCCAGCACAGGCUACCGCCUCAGCACCGUCGGCAGCCCUUACUGGAUGUCGCCCGAGUGCCUCAAGGGCCAGUGGUACGAUCACAGAUCCGACGUAUUCUCCUUCGGCAUCGUCGUGUGCGAGCUGAUCGGCCGCGUGCCGGCGGAUCCGGACGUUCUGCCACGCUCAGAUAACUUUGGCCUCGAUUACCUGGCCGUGGCGGAGAUCUGCGCGGCGGCCGAUCCACCGCCCGCCUUCCUCCAACUCGCCUUCAAUUGCUGCACGUAUGAACCCAAGUCCAGGCCGACCUUUCCGGAAAUCAUGACUAGCUUGGAGACCAUGAUAGCGUCCUGCGAGGAGGAGUUGAAGAAUAACAUCGGUAAACGGCAGUCGACCAUCGAUCCAACGCUGAUGUCCAGCAUGGACGAAAUUGCGCGGGAAGGACGCACGAUGAAGCGGCGUACCGCAAAACUCAGAAGUCAAUCGGCGGACGCGAGAGGUUGUGACAAUGCGACGCCGUCAGAUAAGGCGAGAUGCCAUUCCGCCAGGCGAGUGGGCGAGCUCGCCAGCCGCCGCGAUCCGCAUUACAGGCCGAUGACGGCGAAUCCGUUUCACGCAUUGGGCGGCGUCAAGAAAAUCCUCGGCGACUUGUUCUCCAGCUGUCUGGAGCUGCCCUCGUUGGAGGACGUGCGACCAAGCGUCACCGACAGCGCGUGCAGCAAGUUCAAGCCGGCGCAAAACGAUAGCAUUGCUAAAAUUCUGGACAGAAAGAAGCCAAAUUCUGAACCGAGCAGUCCUACUGCCAGAAAAAAAUGGGAGAGAAAGGUUGCUACCAAGGUGGGAGCCGCGAGCCUGUUCGCCCAUCCGCUCUUCCGAGACGGUUGGGAGCCGCGGAGACGCGGCAGCUGCGAAUCAGGCUUCUGGAGCUGCGUCGGUGAGGAUCUGAGUCCAGAGCCGCCGAAUCGACGGCAUACAUCGACCCUUAGCAGUUCGGCAGCGAGCAGUCUAUUCCUGCUGGACGACCAUCGGACCAGUUCGAUUUACACGGACUCCUCCGAGGACAUUGCCAGCUUAGGCGGCGGCGAUUCCCUCUGGGAGGACCGAUUGAAUGGUAUCGGCUCGUCGAGCAAGACCAUCUCGAAGAUCGUCGAGUACUUCGAAAGGAAGCAAGCGGGUAGACUCGGCGAUCACGGCGACGCUGCUGGUCCUAGCCGCCUGACCCUGCUACGAGCCAGUCUAGAAGGGCCCGUGCCCAUCAGCAGCAUCUCGGCCGCGCAACGGCUAGUCGUGUGCGAAGGUGCCGUGCGCAGUAAACUUGCGUUAUUCGACAAGAAGUGAUAUUACGCGUGAGGCUCUUGGCAAUUUCUUAUCGUUUCUCUUCGACGUUCAAGCAGCGUCCGCGUGAAAAGAAUCGUAUGUACAAUGAAACGCAAUACAGGUCCUGGAGAUGGAUUCGACAGAGGCUCGCCGUCAUUCGUGAAGAUGGCGAAAAUUCUGGGACAUUACGCGUAAUUAGCGUUUCUUACAUGUAGCUGAGAGUGAAGAACAGACAGUAACGUUACAUUAAAGAUAAUAGCAAUCGGUCUUAUUGCGCAUGAAAGAUUAGAGAGGGUGAAAAGGGCAAUUAUAUAGUACCGGCGCGUCACUCGUGACUUCGUAGGCAAGAUAGUUGAUAACGCGCGUGCAGCGUGCUUACAGACACUUCUCUAAAAAACAACCUAGUAACCUGACUGUGAUGUUUUUUGAUAAUCUACAUACAUACAUUAUUGAGCUGUACGACUGAAAUUUGGCGGAGCCAUUAAUACAGAAUCUUUUAUAUGCAACACGAGUCGCGUUUCAUGCAAUUUGGCUACAACGAUGCGCCGUUCGAAAAAGAUAGAGAGGGAGAAAGGGAUAAGAACGAAGCAGCAGCGAGAAUUUCGUUAGAAAACUGCGUUCGAGAUUAGCGCCGAGUGUUAACGAUAAUCGGUUGCUCGCGAUUGACACACAUUUUGCAGUGCCUCGCAGUUCCUAGUAGCCAUCUCCGUCCUUAUGCACACGAAUCAUGGGUAUUACCGAUCACCGGAAGAGUAGCUAUACACAGAUCGACGACGAAUAAGGGCGAUAUGACUUCUUUUGUUUAAGUCGAAUAGGCGGGUCGACAAGCCAAAGGUUCUUAUCUCGCCAUUCUUAAUUUUUUGAAGAUACGGUUAACUUUGCCGGAUUGUCUUGUGUUUUUUCUUCUUUCAUAACGUGUUAUUAAUGUGUUGGUUCUAUCAAUUUUUAAUUUUUAUUUUUGUACAUAAGGGUUCGCUGAUUUAUUACUGCAGCCAUACUGGAUUUAGUCUUCCUAUGUAUACAAGAUGAAUUGAGUUUUACUAUAUCCAACCAUUCAUAUUUAAUAGAAUUUUGAAAUCUCUCUUUUCAAUUAAUAAAAUAAUAUAUAUAAAUCUUGAUUAACUAUCAAAAAAUGAAUUUAUGUCAAUACAUAUCGUGUAUAAAUUUAAAUAUAGUUAUUUAGGUAUUUAUUUAGGUAAGAAAAUAUAUAUAUUUAUUUUAUUGAAAUUUAUUUUAUUGAGUAUGAUAUUCGAUGGUGCAGAUAUUUAUUGGAUAUACGAUGAGAGAUUUGUGUAACUUUUCCUUUUGAUAUUCGUUAUCUAGCAUGUUGCAGUGAGAGAUCAAGCGAAAGCCCUUAAGUUCCACGUCUACAGAGGCCUAACAUCGCGUUUGCGAGAUUCUCAUUUUGUCUUUUGACGUAUCGACGUCGACGCAACGCGAAGUUCAUCGACAUUGCUACGUGCUUGUUCAGCGAUUCGCAGUUUCGCGUGUCAUGGCAUUAAUAGUUCGGGAUGCGCGAUACAAAGUGCCGGAGAUAUAUAACAAUAAUGCAUAUAUACAUAUAUUUUUUUGUUGGCAGAGGUACCGUGUCCUGGAUAUUCUUGUUGACGUGUUGCGCGUAGCCGACAGAGUUUUGUCCACUUUGAAAAGAGAAUAUAUGAAACUGAUCUAGUCAGUGUAUUAAUGUGGCGGCCUUAUCUUUUGUACGUUGUAGCGCUAGAACUUGUAGUUGUACUUUAAGAUUGAAACGGCGAGCAUGAAGUGAGCGUGAGAUGAAACCGGGCACUCUGAUUGCGCACGGUGUUCUUUUUUUUUGAAACGUUAUAUUUAUACAAUGAAGAAGUGAGUGAUAGCGUACGAGGCAGAGUGAAUGAAGAUGCACCGCAUCGAUAUGUAUGCGUGUGCGUGUGUGUAUGUGUGCGUUACAGAAAGGAAGUGUACACGUCCAAAAACGAUAUCUAUGUAGGUAGCUACGACUUUCGCAUAUAUAACGUGAAUCGUUUUGUCGCUCAGACAGCGAGUCGAACCAAAUCUACGAUCGUAGAGUGAUAGACUAAUGUGACGAUAUCUUUUUACUUGUCGAAGUUCGCUCACGGGUUUACUGCAUAAGACUGUGCGUUCGUCAUGUAAUAAGUCGUAUGUAAAUAGAAAAUCGCGUCAACGAUAUUCGCAGUCUCUUCUUCCUCGUGUACAAUAGGAUGCGCGCCGUGUGUCUUUUCUUUGCGUUUCUUUCAUAUUUGUUUUCUUGUUUUAAUUUUCGCUCGUCGAAUCGGGGCCUUCGUCUUCUCCUCGAUGCGUCAAUCGGUACCUGAACAAUCGAAGCGAAGGAAGGACUGCGAACGAGUUAGUUCUUAAGCAUGCGGACAUAUCAGGAAUAUGGGCAUAUCCUGAGAUUCAACCUGAUCGAUAAAGGGCAAUAAAUGCGUGGUUUACGGAAUGAUGGAGUAAAUGGAUCGAGUUAUGGGAUAUAUGUUACGAGUGCGAGAGCGUGUGAGAGUGAGGAGAGAGGAGAGGGGGAGAGAGAGAAAGAAGAGCGGAGUUAGCGGACCGAGAGGCGCAUUUAAAAAAAAAAGAAAGAUAUGGGUUAUUUAUUUUAAGUAAAAACAGUUAUAUUAAAGAUUAUAUAUCUAUAUAUAUAAAUCUACGCAAAACUACAUCGUCUCUUCCAUACUUUUCAACUGUUGUCUAGAAUCUACGAUUGCUACCGAUGUAGUCCCGUAUCUUCUAGCUCUUUAUAUUAUUAUUAUACUAUGAAGAGGGUACGCGCGAUAUCUCGGGUUCCCUCGUGGCUUUCCGCGUUGGUCGUCGAGAUAUAUACAGUAUAAAUUUUAUAUAUAUAUGUAUGUUACAUUAUAUAUAUAUAUAAAAUAACGAGCGCUGUGAAUACCCGAUUUUCUCGUGAUCAUUGAUCAUUACUCAUAGAUUGGGCAUAAAUAAGCGUGGAAAAAGAAUUAAUGGCGGCGAUGACGGCGAUGAUAA